UGCUCGUUGGUCAAUUGUUUUAUCAACGCAAUCAAAAGAUUAUCAAAACGAACAAUUUAGUGUUGACGAUCUCGUGGCCAAUGGCAAAACUUUCGAAAUAAAUCCACCACCUAAUGUCACCAUUGGGGACGAUGAUGUAUGUACCCGUGAUGACGGGGAAGGAUUAUGGGUUGAUACAACUAUCAACCCAUAAUGGACGUGUUUUGGUAAUCUUAAUUAUUAUUUUGUUUGUUUUUAUAUAUUCUAAAUUACUAUGUUAAUGUUAAUAUGAUUUGUUUUAUACAACUGUGCAGGUGCGUUCAUUAUGGAUAAUCCACCAUCUGAUGAUGAUUAUGACCAAUGGGGGGAGGCGGUUGGUUUAGACGAUGAUCACACAGAUGCCUUUGGUGACAUGGUUGAUGGACCAACCGAGGUUGGAACAGGGAAGAAAAAUGUAAGGGGCGCAUGCGUUAAUAAGGUACUUCAAAAGUAUCGGGCUGAAGGUAAAAAGAUGGAGGUUGAGUACAACAUGUGGGGUCAGCCCAUUAAUGAGUCGGGAGACAUACAAGUGAGCACGAUUGGUGCAUAUGUCCGUCGAAACAUCCCUUUAAAGUAUAAUGAUUGGCGUAAAUUGCCAAAAUUCUAUAAAGACAGGCUAUGGAAUUACAUUGAGGUAACUUUAUGUGUUAAUCAUAUUUACAUACAUACAAUUUUCAUAUUUAAUUAGAUUUUAAUUAUCAUUGAAAAUCUUGCAGAGUUCAUUUGAUAUAUGGGGGGGAAACUAGAGCUUCUGUCUUAAGAACAGCCGGAGAGUUACUCAAGAGUUGGAGAACAAAAUUGACCAGCCAACUCAUCUACAAAUAUAAAGAUGAAGCCCCUGAACAUCUCGAAGAUCCUCCAAAGCAUUAUCUUAGUUGCUAUGACGAGAAGCAAUGGAAGAGUUUUGUUGCUUCCAGAUUAACUCCUGAGUGGGAAAAGAAGAGAGCAAAAGCACAAGCCAUUAGAGCUAAAAAUAUUUACAACCAUAGAACGGGACGGGGUGGUGCGAAAAAGGUGGAGACAGAAAUGGAGAAAGAGUUGGGCCACUAACUCACUGAGUUUGAUAGAUCUGGAAUAUGGAUGAGAAUGCACACCAACAAAAAGGGUGAGAUCGAAGGCCCUGCCAAGGAGGUCGCUGAAUGAAUUGUAAGUUUCAUUUGUUAAUUCUUUUUAAAGUGUUGUGCUCUGUUAAUUAUUAAUAAUUAAUUCAAAUUAUAUGUGUGUAGGUUGAAUAUCGCAAGCAAGUUGAGGAGGACACAUUGGUGCAGGAAGGAAAGAAAGACAUACUCACGUUAGCCUUGGGGAUAGAUGAGCACGCUGGACGUGUUAGAGGGAUGGGGCGUGGCGUCACCCAAACCCAAUUUUUCAAGACCCCACGCCCUAGAAGAAAGAAUGAGAGUAGAGACAAUAAUCGCAUAGCUGAGCUCGAGAGGCGACUUUCUCAGUAUGAGGAACAGAUGAAUGAACUCCUCCAAGCAUUCAGGUCUCAACAAAGUAACACUUGUGGUACUUCUCAUGCAUCUGGUUCAGCUGUUGGAGGAGCAUCCAAUGAACCACCAACAGUAAGCAGAGCCUAUUCUCCACCACCACCCUCAGCUAAAUUUGUCAAGGCAUCCGCUCGACCCCAUGCACCUCCUAUGGGGGCAUCUGCUCCACCCCUAGUGGCUCCUCUCAGGGCAUCUACUCCACCCCCAGCGCCUCCUCUCAGGGCAUCUACUCCACGCCCAGCGCCUCCUCUCAAGGCAUCUACUCCACGCCCAGCACCUCCUCUUACGAUAUCUACUCCACCAACACCAGCACCUUCGGUUACAUCGAAGAAGAAAUUAAAGUGCAACUUGCACGUGGAAGAUCGCUCCAUGAAUAAGCCACCCCUAGUUGCAACUGGGCACGUAGUAAUACAACCAAAACUUGAGAAGUUGAGAGUAGAUGGAAAAGAGUACGGUGACACCUAUUCUUGUGUUUUCAUCGAGAAAAUUAUUAAACAUAAUGCUCUACUCCCACAGCUGCUUGAACAACAAGGCUUUCGCACAGUGGGAGAGGCAAUUGGGUGUUACGUUGCUUGGCCAAGGGCAUAUACAGUCUUAGAAAAAUCUAAUCAAGAAACUGCAAUCAUUGUUCGUAGUUUAGAGUUAUUUGAUUUACCAAUUAAUAUUGCUAAAUCUAACUUUGGAAUGUUUUUUUUUCUAAGUGAGACCAGCAAAAAAGGCACGCACAGAUAA